CAACAAAUAUAAGCAUCACGAGGAGAUGAAAAUCUAUACGAAGGAGUCGAAGAGGAGGGAAGCGCAAGGCGCUGCUCUCCUAUUGCGUCAUCGCGAGCCACUCAGCUGCUGCUACUGCUGCUCAUCCAGGAAGAGGUGAAGUGAUUAUGUCUGAAGCCAUCAUGUCAUCUCAAGCAAUGGAAACUGCUCCUUUUGACCCACGCUUCCCCAACCAGAACCAGACCAAGUACUGCUACCAGAGCUACGUUGACUUCCAACGUUGCCAGAAGCUGAAAGGUGACGACUAUGAGCCAUGCCAGUACUUCAAGAAGGUGUUCCAGUCCAUCUGUCCCAACGCCUGGGUGGAGAAGUGGGACGAACAACUGGAGAACGGCAGUUUUCCUGGCAAGAUCUAGACCAAGCUUUCCCUUUCUUUCUUUUCUGUAAAUGUCCAGGUUUAGGAAAUAAAAGAGAGAGAGAGAGAGAACGAGUGAGAGAUGGUUAGCAGAGUUAUAAAAAACUGUGGAUCUUGCAUUUUGCUCCUUGUGCACAGCCAAACACACGUGUGCACACAUAUGCGUCUGUCUUAUUAAUGUACACCUCAUGUAGAUUUGUUGUGCCAUUCGUCUGUCAUUUGAUCCGGAAAUGGUAAAGAUGGAGCAUCAUGUCCAUUGGCCGAGUGGCCAACGGUCAGCCAUUUCUUCACUAGCCACUCUUUGUCUCCAACACUUUGUGGAGAGCAUCGUGCCUCUCCUGCUGUAGAUAUUUGUACAGGGAGUUGCAGCACCAGCAUGAUAGGCGAAGUGGCAGCCACAGGCCGAUUCUUUCAUCUGCUGUGAUGCAAUUAAAGGUCCCCAUGAG